AUGGCGAACGAAAUUUUCGAAGGCGAAAGUUUGAGCCUAGAACUAACUCGUUUUCUGGACAAAAAUGUUGGAACUGAGAAAUCAUCGGCAGCUUCCAUUAACUGUCUUCUAAAAGAUGUUUUGAAGAAGAAGAAAUGUUUGGAAACGGAGGUAAGCGACCUUGGUUAAAACAACAUUUUUGGUUUGUCCUUCCGAUCCACCUUUUCAAUACUUCACGUGUUAAGAGUUUAAAACUUAGAGCCAAUGUAAGCUUGAUAUGACUAAGGAAGGAAUUCAAUUUAGCACUAAAAGUAAUAUGUGUGAAAGGAUGUCGUCUUCACCAAGGGAAUUCUAUUUCUGCGGAAAUUAGAAAUUAGUUAUUGAAGGAAAAUUGAUUGCCGUCUUACAUAUUUUAAAAUCUUGUUAUAAAAUAAUCAUAUUUCCAUGAUGAAUGGAUAAUGAAAGGUCAGUUGUGGUUUCGAUGUAGCCUUUUCCGUGUGAAGGCUGCUUUAUUCUCACAUUUGUCAAAGAAUAAUUGGGUAAGGCCAAUUAAAGGAUAUUUGUUGAUAUUUCCGUUUGUGUCUUUUCAAGCCGAAGCUGACCACUUAACCUAAAUCAAUUAACAAUUUGAGGGAAAGUAUGUCAAUUAUUCAUAAUGGCAUUCUUAACCUACAACAGCUGUCAUCAACAAUAUUAUUUUGCUUUUAAUGAGAUCUAUUGUAUUCUCCAAACAGAACAUGUUAAGCACUUCCAGUUUAGACAUUUGCAUGUUAGUCUUUGUUUUUGUAGGAAGUAGACUUCCAGGUUAUAAAUUUAUAGUAAUGAAUAUUUAUCAAAGCUGUAUGGAAAUGACAGUAUGUGUUAAUUAUCUAUAACAAUAGAGAUCUUAUUUUAAGCUCUCUGACUAAGCUUGUUAUGUGUCUUAUGUGAUAAUUGAAAAUUUUUAACAUUUAAGGGGAACAUUCCAUUUAUAUACUACAUAUUUUGGCCAUACAUGUUUUUUAGGAAUGUUCAGAAUUUCUUUUUCCCAAUAAUGCCUGUCUCUUGCUGAAAAAAUUGAUCAUCUGCUUUCACAAUCAGGUUCAAAACAUGAACCUAAGUUAAUGGUCUAUAUUAAGCUACCAUGGGUUUUCUGUACAGCUUAUAGAUUGACCAUUCAGACUAGCAAUUACAUGGUCAUGGGCCCAACUCCUGUUGGUAGGAAAGGAAGUUACUUUCCAAGUAUACCUGUAUCAGUGAUUGAAAAUGUCAUUCUAUUUGUAUUGUUACAAUGGUGAACAAAGUAUAGUCUGAACCCUCUUACCCAAGACUGACUUGCAUCAAAUUUCUCUUUCCAAUAGCACCCCAGAAUCACAUCUUAAGGUCUUGAGAAUGAAGGAAAUGAUUACCAACUAAGGAUAAAGAAGCUCUUGAUUACUGAACAAAUUCCCCUUGUCAGUAUCUUAGGAAAUGUAUAGAAAACAGUAUGGAAAUAUAUAUAUAUUUAUAUAUAUAAUAUAUGCUAAUAUAAGGGUGUAAGGGGUUAAAUCGCAGACCUUGGUGUCUAAUUUUCCAUUUCCCCAUAAUUGAGUUUCAGAGUACUAGUAUAUAUGUUAGACAUUCUGCAUAUUGCAAGGAUCAGUGGUAUUGAAACCAUAGUGCAUGUAAAUAAGAAUAUGAAAGGAUUCUAGCCUGGCCAUGUAGUAAAGAAAGGUGUUAUUUGUUUCCUCAUCCUUAACAUCUUUUAUUGAUUAUAAGUAGAUUUCAGAAGUAUAUAAUAUUGUCUUGAGAACUACCAGUCAGUGAGAGACUUCAAUAACCUUAUGUGUGUCCUUGGAUUACAAGGAAUUGCAUGUAUUUCCAUACAAUGGCAUUGUAUUGUUUUUCUGAAUAGUUACAAGAGGCCCAGUGUAGAACACCAGAUAAGAUCCAGGAUGUGCUUGACAAAGGUUGCUCAGCAGUGAAUGAGGUAAAAAAUCUUCAGCAACAACAUGAGCAGCUUACAUCUAGAGUUGACAACCAUCUCAAGAAACUUCACCCCCUAGCAGAGCGUUUGUCCAGUUUAGUAAGUCAAAUUGCAGAGGUUGAGAGAUUCCGAGCAUAUGUGAGUUGGAUACAGAAGAUUGAGUCUGUCAGGUAACUUUCAAGCUUUAAUUAAUUUUAAUUUACAUGUGAAUAACAAGUAUAGUACUCUUCAUAACAAGAUCUUCUUUAUUACUUUUUGAACUGAAAUGAGAAAACUUCUUAUCAAUUGAGCACAAUAUCUUUUGUAUAAGAUAGAUUGCUUCUAGUUGUAAAGAUUAACAGUUCAAAUUUAUUUCAUGAUUUAAGUAAUUGGUGUUUUUGCCUUUCAUAAAGUUGUCAGAUUCACCAGUUUGUUGAAGCUGGGCAGUUGAACUGGGCGGUAGAACAGUUGUCAGUGCUGUCUGAGCUUGCACGGUUACUUAGUGAAUCAGCGUGCUGUAAUUUGACCAAGUUUGUGAAGGAAAUGCAGUUACAUUGGCAAAACAUUCUUCUCAAUAAGCUAGCAAGGUGAGUUAAACAAAAAGAACAAGUUGGUCCAAAUUUGAACUAAUCGCAUUGAAAAAUUGGAACCUGUCAAUCAGCUAUGUUCUGACACUUUGAUGUUCGCUGAUAUUUAAAUACUUAAAGUUUGAGUUGUUGAGUAAAUUUGUGCCAAGUGAAUUAAAACUAGUUCAAGUUAGCAGGGAAGUUGAGUUAACCAAGUCUAGGUUAGCCGAUAGUAAAUGACUGGAAAAAUAGGGUCAAACCCAGGGGAAAUUCAACCUUGUUCCCUAUAAACACAAUUAGAGUUAAACUGGGAUCCUGUUGCCUGCAGAACAAAUGUUCAUAAUAUAAUUAAAAGUGAUUAUUACUUUUCUAUUACAGUGAAUUUGAUGAAAUCAUGAAAGCUCUAAAAUGGCCUUUCACUUCUCUCUCCACUGCACCUCCACUAUCCACAACAUCAGAUGAUUACAGCAGACUAGAAACUGUGUUUAUACUUUUGCUCAAAUUACAACAGUUGUAUCCUUUUAAAGCAUUAUUUUAAGAAGUCCAUGCAAAUUCAAGUUUUUCUUAGUUAGAGGGUGGUAGCAUUAAUGUAGCAUACAGCUGCACAAUUUUAUAAACACUGAUAACAGACAAGGAAAUGAUACAUGUACAUUAAUUCCCUGUAGAUGGAUGCAGACCUCAAGUGACUUGAACAAGAACGGGUCCACAUUUUUCAGUAUUACCACAAGUUAGGUUUUGAUCAAAAGCAGUGAUACUAUUUGACUAUAUAAUAUUUAUUUAAGAUAUUGAUAUUAGACAUGUGUUCUGCUCACUCCUAAAUAGAACUGAUGUGAUCGUCUGUUAUUAACAAUUAGAUAUUGGAUAAAAAUUAAACAUGGUUAUUAUACUUGACUUGAACAUUUUACCCUAUUUUUCAGCAAAGAAAUAUCUGCAGGAAAUAUUUCUCUCAGUAGAAACAAAAGUGACAUCCUUCUGCCACUUGACUGGCUUUUGAAGCCUUUUAGAAAGAGAUUUCGCUUUCACUUUUAUGGGAAUAAACAAACAAACAACCCUCAGAAGGUAGUGUAUCAAAAAAAUUAAUUAAGAAAUCUAUCAUGAUAAAAUGACUUAGAGACAAAAUGGUCAAAAACCUAACCGUUAAUUGUGGUACAUACUGUUAAAGCCAUAGCCAUUUACUUAUUACAUGUAGUUACAAGGCUUUUCUUUUUAUUGGUUUAUUGCAGCUGUAAUCAUUACCAUUACAAUUUCCUCAAAUGUGAUUGGUGCAUCACCUGCUUUAUAUUUCACUAGUCACUCUGUACAAAUGUAAUCGGACAGUGUAAUCGGAGAGUUGGCUGUAAUCAGGCACUAGUAAUUGGACAGUUGAAGCAGCCAAGCACACUAAGUCCACUCAGCUAAAUCCACCAAUCACAGAAUUGAUCACAAUAACCAUAGCAACAACCCCUUACCCUUAAAAAAAAUGGGAAAUCUCCAAAUUUUUUGCUUUGGACAUUGUCCCCACUGGUGAUAUAUGUCCUAAAUGUUUUUUUUGUAUUUUAAUUUGGAAAUUGUAAUGGUUAUGAUUAGUUGGUAUCAGGACUUUGUGUUGCCCAAUUCUGUCUGCAAUCAUACUGUGAUUGACAAAUCGGACUCCUGCUUCAUGGUCGUCUGAUUUUGUUAAUCACUUGUAUGAUUACAGACCAAAUUAGUCUCCACUCGGUCCUAUUACAAUUAUUAAUAACAGACUUGGGAUUUUAAAAGAACAAUCCAGUAUCUCCCACUUACUAGGAAGGGGGAAUAUCAAAGCUUUCAAACAAGACUAUUAUCUGUUCAUUAAGCUAAUUAAAUGUUAUUCCAUAUCAAACAAUUACAGUCCUAUAACUUUUUAAACGGGAAAGGAUGACCCAUUAUGUGCAUUUUUUUGUUCUUUUAGCCUGAGUGGUAUUUUACACAAGUUUUAAAUUGGAUAAAGAAUCAUAGUGACUUUCUAGAGCACACAAUUCAACCCAUUCUUCAAAGGACAGAAUAUGAUUUUGUUCAUGCCAAGGUAAUGUGCACAAGAACCAUGCAUGUUAGCAAUUCAAAAGUGUCUAUAUAGAACACCAAUCAUAUCUGGGUGUUAUUUUUCAAAAACCUGUGUAAUAACGAAAACCAAUGACUACAAGAGGUAAAAGGUCAAGCAGAUCGGGUAGAUUUUUUGAACCAGUUAGAGAGAAAAUUGGAGAAAAAGCAUUGUAAGUAAUCUCAGAAUACUCAGGACACUAAAUUUAAAAUUGUUGUUAGUUUUUAGUUUUACUUGAUCAGUAAAAAUGAAGCUCCUGUUUUUAUCAGUCAAAUGCCAAAUUUUUAAGAUGUGUGAUUUUGUAUAAAAAUACCCAAUGUAACUGGGUAGUCUUGAAAAACAGACAAGUCUCUACUGAUCCUCUAUGAUUUUCUUUAAAUUAUUUUCAGACUGAGUUUAUAUCUGGGCUAUUAAACGUUGUGGUGGAGAAGUUGGAGCACAGCAUCCAAAGUAUAAUCGAUGAUGAUGAUUCUUUUUCUCACUUUGUCGACGAAUUGUUAUUAUUCAACAAAGAACUUCACAUGGCUCACAGUUACAGCUCUACUGAACACAGCUGUUUGCACAUCCUAACCACUGAAGCUUGCUUGCAAAGAUGGGUAGAGUUAGAAAGAAAAUGUUAGUAUUGAGCUAAGCUUCAACUUUUAAUUUUCUCGAAAAAAAACUUGGUUGGUGCUUACCCAAUGAAUGCUGAGGUAUCACAGUUUCUUUCUUGAUGUAUUCCACAGAUGCUGAGUCAAACAUGAAUUCAGUUUUGUCCUCCUUAUCAGCAUGGACACCAAAAUACAAAGAUGUUAGUGAUGUAGAUGACACACGAAUUCCUGAGUGUGCAGAAGGAUUUAUGACCCUUCUCUCUGUUAUAACAGGUACAUGGCCAAGCUAAAUAUAUUCCCAGUCAUCUUCUGAAUAAUAAUUGUAUCAUUGUGCUGUUCAGAGCUUACAUGUAUGGUUGGAUCGGUGGGCAUAUUUGGUGGUGUAAGCUGAAGCUGUUAAAAAAUCAGCCAUAAAUUUGUAAAUGCAAAUGAUUUGGAUCAAAUCAAAAGACUGGCAUAAGAAAGAACCACAAAAUUUUUCUAUCUAAGCUUGACCUUUAUGGUAUAUCUGGGAAUUCAUUAAAAUGGUUUCAGUGGUAUUUGGAGAACGGUACACAACAGUGCUCAAUAAGUCCUAGAACAAACUUAAUACUCAUUACCAGAUGCAAAUUAUUUCAAAAAUAGGUUAACUUAUAGUGGCGCCACAUUGUAGAGUAGCCUUCCUUGGGGGCUUAGCAGGCGGAAUCCCCUGGGUCAUUCAAACAAGAAAUCAGCAAAGUUCUCAAAGGCAUAACAUUCAUGGAAAGCAGCAAUAAAGUGUUAAAAAAAUAAUUAAUAGUUUUUAAUCCUUUUGUACAUAGCUGAUGAAUUUCCUGUGAUUAAAUAAUAAUGAAAGUAUAGUAAUAAUAAUGAUGUAAUCUUGACCUUUGACUGUCACAUUCCAGUUACAAAGUGAGUGAAGCAUAGUUGGCAUAACUAAAGUGUUGGCUUGUUUUUUUUUUUAUGCACAAAGAAAAUAUUAUAAAAUCAUGAAAAUAAUUCUCCUUACCAUCUGACAUACAAUUCUUAUGAUGUUAUUUCAGAGGAUUUGUAUUGAAUCAACUUAUAAUCCUCUAAUUGAUAAUUUUCUUUUUUUCCUCAUCACUUGUCCCCUUGGUAUUGUAUUGAUAUUAUAAGAAAGAAUUUUAACUUUGGUCACUUGUGGGAGUUAAAGGGUUAAUCAUCCAUAAGUAUCUCUGAAUUUAGUUUUUGUUACUGAGACUGUGGUUGAGAUGUACCUACCGACAUUAAGACUAAUAUAUAGAUUUAGCCAAGCCUAAAAGCGGAGCUCGCAUUUUUUUUCCCCACACGUCUCAAGGGCACAAUGCCUUGCCCCGGCCAGGACUAGAACCUGGGUUGUCCAACUUGGAGCCCAGUGCACUGGCCACUGGACUACUGGACAAAACCAUGGCGUUGGCGUGCCUGUGAUACAGUUGACCACGCAUGUUAAAAGUAGCACCUUGUAUGGUCGUACAGUUGUAUGGUUGUACAUCCAAAUUUUUUCAGCUUGAUGGGUUACUACUAUUUUGUGUAAUUAUGGGGCUACACUCUGCAAGCUCCGCUAUUAAAUAUAUGCAUUUCUUAAAUAAAUAAUACCAAAUUGAGUUCACUCUCAUUUAUCUUGUCAACAGAUCGAUAUAGAAAAUUACCAAAUGUGGAACAUCAGGAGCAGUUUCUAGAAGUGCAGUUAUUUCUUCUUAAGAGAUUUAUCUCCAGGUUGAUGCUUGAGGCAGAAGAAACAAAAUUUUCCCCUGCUGGACCUCAUUACUGUUCAGUUCUCAAUGCUGCUAAUUAUGUUAACCUAAUACUUCAAGAGUGGAGUGAGCAAAUGGUAUUUUAAUUUUCUUUUAUCAUUGUAUGUGCAUAGUGUAUUUCAAGAGUGAAGUGGGCAAAUGGUGUUUUAGAUUUACUCUUAUCAAUGUAUGUGCAGGGUGUAUUUCAUAGCAGCUUUUCUACUGUAAAUACAAAUUCUCUUAAACAGCUGUCAUUCAUGGGGAACCUUUUAAUUGUUUUUGUUUCCAGCUUUUCCUUAAACUCUGUGAACAUCGCAAUCCAUCUAUUGGCUAUGUAAAGUCUGAAGAUAUGUUUGGCUCCAAAAACCAUGUGGGAGAUGAUGAAGAACAGGGGAUUCCUUAUAUGAAAAGUGUAUUUGAAGAAGUAACACAAUCUUUACAAGAUUUAAAGGAACAUAUGAUCAGUGAUCUUGUAGAGCAUGUUGUAAAAGGAUUUAGGACACUGAGCAAACCCUACAAAAAAGAGAAGUAAGUCUGACACGUUGAUUGAAUGUUGUAUAAACCAUAAGCUCUAUUGAAACAAAUGUUUGAAGAAGAGGUGUACAACUUAGUGUCACUAUCACAGCAGCAAUGUUGUGGUAGCUUGCUGCCUUUGCAUUAGACUCUGUGCAUGCCCAAAGUCCAUUGCAGAGGCAGCAAUUGCAGACCAUAACAUUGCAUGUGUGUGUUGUUUUUUGUUUACUUACAUUGCAGUUGUUGUAUGCAUGUAGUGUUUGGUUGUGCCUGUUGCCAUUGCAAUCGACUGUAAGCAUACACACAGCUUGAUUGCUACAGCUAAACUGCAUGAAGUACACAUCUCUGGGAAAUUAUUGGAACAAUAACCUUAGACAGAUAUCAAACCCACACCCCUUAUAGUGUGGACUUAAUGUACUAACUAUUGAAUUAACAACAUGUUUCAGUUAAUGAAAUUUCCUUGCACAAGCACCUAAUAAUUCUCAGAUUUGUCAAAAUAAGGAAUGUUAGAGAAUCUCUUCAAUAACCUUUUACCUUUUUGUGCAAUCUCAGAGUGAGGAGUAUGUUAAUUCACAGAGGAUGCAUCUAAACUUUUUCACUGUGAUUUACUUUACAGGUGGCAUGCAUUUCCCUCUCCAAAGGAUGUUAUUCUCAUGACCCUGUCAUCAUCAGCAUGUGAGAUGUUAUUGUUCUUAAAGGGAAGGUUUCAAAUUCUGCAGGAACAGCUGGCAAGCACUAUUUUCAGUGCAAUAUGGAAAGAUCUUGCAAAGGCUCUAAACAAGUUUAUAUAUGAUGAGGUAGGGAAUUUUUUGUACAAUAGAUUUUGGCAGAAUCAUAGGCAAACCAUAUAUCAAACAUUGAACCUUAUAGGGUUUUUUUGUUCCAAAACUUUUCCCAAAAGCACUUUUGAAGUUAAUCUUCUAGAGCAAGGUAUGGUUUGUGCCCAGUGAAUUUUAUGGUAUCUAGACAAGCUUAAGAUAAAAGUAUUUUUCCUUCUAAGAACUAUCAGUGGUGUUUUACAAGGAUUAUAUUUCCACAGAUUAUCCUGGAGUGUCAUUUCAAUGAAGGAGGUGCAGCGCAGUUACAGUUUGACCUCACAAAGAAUCUUUUCACAUUAUUUUUGGAAUACACACAGAAACCAGAGAAUUUCUUUAAAGAGUAAGUUACUAAAAGCAUGGCCCUCUUAAUUGAAUUACUAACAUUAAGCAACUGCUUGCGGUUAAAGUAAAGUAAUUCAGCAUUGAUUAAAUACUAGAGCUGAUUACAGUGUGGACAGGUGAUUUCAAAAGGUGGCUCAUGAUACCCAGGAGCCUGUCUACUUAAGGGUAACUUGUAAUCACAAGAUACCAUAUUCAUGUUGGGAUUUCAAACUCUUUGCUUUGCUUUGGAACAAACUUUCUACUUCUUGAGUAAUAAUUAUUGGAUUUUAGCAUUUGUCAGCUUGGUUUUAUUUGACUCAGCCCUGGGAAAUAGAAGCAUCAUGCCUCAUGGUUUGAGAAUGAACUUGAAGAGUUACUUCAUCAGUCACUUUUGGCAAUUUUUUUUAGUGGACACUUUUAAAAUGGUUGACUACUUUACUUAUCCAGGGUCAAGGAAGCCUGUAUCUUGUUAAAUCUCUUGCCUGGAUCUGCAGUAUUGCUGAGGGAUUUGCUCAAGUCUUCAGGGAGUGACAACAGUGAAGAAGGCAUUUGUCCAGCAAGUGCUGCAUUACAAGACAUUGGGGUGUAUAGAUUAACGUCAGCAGAUGCACUGAAAAUUAUCAACCUUAGAGUGCAUUUGCCAAGUGUAUAACACUUGGCUUUCAAACAUAUUCAGAGGAAAUUUGUCUUGUUUGAAAAUAUCCAUACCAAGAGAUAUCUCUUGCUCCAUAUCCAUUUCUGGGAGAAUUUGCCUGGUUUGAACUACACAAA